GAGCGCGUUUAGACGCUUCCAACCGUUUUUACUUUGAAAAAAAAGAAAUAUUGGCAGAGAGAACUGAACCCAAAACCCUAGCGGAGCAGUGGCGUGAGUUGAACUGUUGAUCGGUUCAGAUUGGUUAGAAGAGAAGAGAGUGUGAGAAAAAAAAUGGUGGUGAGGAUCCGAUUGUCAAGAUUUGGAUGCAAAAACAAGCCAUUUUAUAGGGUGAUGGCUGCCAAUAGCAGAUCCCCAAGAGAUGGGAAGCAUCUCGAAGUCCUUGGCUACUACAAUCCUUUGCCAGGCCAAGAUGGGGGUAAACGAAUGGGUCUUAACUUUGAAAGAGUGAAGUACUGGUUAUCAGUUGGUGCGCAGCCUUCAGAGCCUGUCCAACGAAUUCUUUUCAGAGCUGGAUUAUUGCCCCCACCACCCAUGGUGGCAAUGGGACGGAAGGGCGGACCACGUGACAUGCGUCCUGUUGAUCCUAUGACAGGACGUGUUUUGAAUGUGGAGAAGCCAGCUACUGCUAACCAACAAAAAGGUGGUGAAGAUGAGGCUGCUGAUGGAGCAAAUUCCGAAUGAAAUUUUAAUAAAUCCCAUAAAACUCCUCUUUCUGCAGUUUCUGAGGGUUAGAAUAAGGUUAGGGAUUGGGCUGAGAAAUGUGGAUUAUAUCGAAUCAUUGGAAGUGUUGUUGUUGUCUUGAAAGCAACAUUUGCUUCUGCGGAAGAAGCAGCUUAUUUCCGGAUAGUGAUUCCAGUUGCCGUACAUAGAAGAUUAGGUCUAUUAAACAUUAUCCCAUGACAACUAUUGAAUUCCCUUUGGAUGGUGGAGUGAAUUUCAGACUUGUUAGCUUCAGAGCAUAUCUCUGUUUCUAAUGUCCCCAUCCACGCCUUUAUAUGUUGUUUUUGCUCACACAUGAUUCACAUAAUGAUCUUCAUUUCUUCACUUUAUGAAUUAGGGGUUGAUCUUGAAAUUAUUGCUGAGUUGUGUGAUUCUCAGUCGUACUAGCCUAUAUGAGCUCAACACCGGCGAUUUUCCUGACGAAAUUUGCAGAGAAAGGUGCUUGCAGGUUGCAGCUUGAGUGAGUACCACAAUUGUCUUUGUUAUAUUUUGUUCUGAAAAGUAUGUUGCCACUGUUGUAAGUGAAGUCAAUACUUUGAGAUGUUAGGGCCCUUAGGGAGGGAGACCGCUCAAGAAUUCAGUGAAAUACAAAUUGUGGUUAGUCGAAAUUUAAAUUCAAAUAUUUAAAAAAAAAAAUCAAAAUCUCAUAUAAUUUGAAUUCUAAAUCAUUCUGUCAUCACAUUUAAUACUGUAAUAUGGAAAUAUAUAUUGAUUUUGGUUAAAGGCAAAUCCAAUGUAAGUAAUACCAACAUUUUCAUUCUAAUAAAGUAACUCUUUUUGUCAAAUUUAUUAAAAAUGUUUUUUUUUAAGCAAGUCAAAUCAGGUAUUUCCCUACAUAACAGUUUUUAAAUUAGUAAAAUCCUUUUAACUUGAUGCUUUUAGGGCUGGAUUGGAUUUCAUUUCAUCAAUCACCAAAAGCAAUUG